AUGGCGCAAUAUUAUCAAAUACAAAAUCUCGAUGAUUUAAAGCAGAUCUACGCAGAUGUCCAAGUGGUGCACGUUGCAAGCGAGGAUGCUGGUGUUGGUGCCCAUACUCGACCACAGCAAUUACUUUUACCCGAAGACCAAUUAAUGCUAAACGAAGGUCAACAAGUAGUAUAUCAGACAGCCAAUGUACCAGCACAGCAACAGUACCAGCAACAGCCAGCUGCAUCAACCACACAAUAUAUAAUCGGUGAUGAAAUAUCGCAGCAACAGCAGGCGGUACAACAUCAACAACAAGUGAUGUAUGAUCAUCACCAUCAACAACAACAGCAACAGCAUUAUGUUCAUGAAAGCCAACAAAUGCCGCAGGAUCAUCACCAAUUGGCACAACAGACGCAGCAACAACAACAGCCGCAAUUGUAUUAUACCACCGAGCCGAUAUUACAACCGAAUUCAUUGGUUCAACAACAACAGCAACAGGAAAUGCAACAUCAGCAGCAACAACAGCAGCAGUUGCAUGUGCAACAACAGCAAUAUCAGCAGCAGCAACAGCAACAAAUUGUACAUCAGCAACAUUCAAUACAGGCGCCACAACAGCCUCAACAAAUUGUUUAUCGCAUGCAAACACAACAACCACAAACUCAACAAACUCAGAUGCUUAACAAUGCACACGUCAUAUUGCAACAGCCUUCGGGUCAACAAGUUUUAAUUCAAUCUCCACAACACUCGGAAAUAAUUAUGCGUCAGCCCAUGCCACAGCAACGCAUUAUCUAUAACACAAAUCGGGUUUUGUAUUCACCUCAACAGCAACAACAACCGCAGACUCAGGCUGUACUUCAGCAAUCUCCGCAAUCGCAUCAGCAACAUCCGCAGCAGCAACAGCAGCAUAUACAAUUACAAACAUCUUCCACCACAACACCUAUGCACACGACAGCGCGCCUUGUUCAGACGAGAGUAGGUGCCUCGCCCCAAGAGACAGUCCAGCAACAUCAACAGCCCCAACCUCAACAAAAUGUUGUGUUUCAUCCCAUUCAGGCAACCGCAGUUCAGAAUCCUCAGCAGUUAAAGCCCCAGUUGCAGCAGCAAUCUCCAUUGCAAAUGCAGCAGCAACCGCAGCAACAAUUGGUGGCAACAGCAUUGACUGCGGGAGUGUCUGGAGGUGGUGUUAUGCGCGGUGCUAUUCGUAAUAAGUCACCACGCGGAGGUGGUGCUCUUGGUGGUACGCAUACUCUGAUCGCUCGUAUGCCUGCUGCUCCGGUAAGUCGGGCUGUGCGACCGCAGAUGACUGCAUCAAUGCAGCCACAACUACACCAGCAAACACCCCGUGCACCACGGCCCCGAGGAGGCGCAAGCGGUACAAGAGCACGUGGUGCCGCACGUGGAGGACGCGGUGGAGCAUCGCUCGCUGGAAGAGGAACGCAGGUAACGGCAACAAUAGUGCAGCAACAACAACAAUCUCAACAAUUACAGCCACAACAGCAAAUAUCAACUUCACAGCAACUCAUACAGAACGCCGUAGUUCAGGGCAAAAAUAUCACAAUUUUAAAUCCACAAGGACAAGUGAAACACAUAUAUCGCAACAUUGCCGAAACGUCCCAGCAACAGUUGCAGUUACUAGCAAGUUCCGCGCAGCAGCAACAACGGGCAACGCAGCUGGUGGGUGCCCGCUUCCGUGCUCCAAUUGUUACCGCAGGAAGUGGUGCAGGAAGCAGUAACAGUUCCGGUAGUAGCAGUGGUAACUAUGAAUUGGACUUAGAAGACAGUAUUCAAGCGGUUGUGGUGAAGAAGGAUCAGCAAAAACCGGCGGUUUCGACCGCCAACAUUACAAACCCCCCCGUAGGCACCACACUGACUAGCUACUACACCAAAGAGGACGAUGAUACGCGUUUGGUACGCACCCAAAAUGGCACAUGUAUUACCUUGGCCGAGUAUCGCAAACGUCAUCCGCCCACGGCUGGAUCGGCCACUACAACUACAGCCACUAUUUUGCAAAUGAAAGCCCCACUACGCGCGAGUGGACCACAACCACCCAAUAAAAUGUUACCGACGCAUGCCUCCGGAAGUACAGGGAUGGUGCCAAUCGCACGGGUCGCACCCCAACAAGUUCAACAGCCUCAACAGUCACAACAAUCGCAAAUGCCUACGACAACUGCAACGUCGUCCUCAGCAGUUCACCGCACUUCGCACAACAACUACGAAAUUCACACACAACAUGUCAUGCAGAAUCGGAACAAUACGCAAAUGGCGGAGAAAGAUCGAAAUAGCGCUAAAAUGUUGGUAAUAUUGGUGUCUGGUGAACAACGUCUCAUAACAUUCACAUUGCCACGUGAAUCUUGUACCGUUCAAGAUCUACUCGAACAAGUUGGAGUGCCAUUUGAUAGUUCAACAACCAUACAGUGCGUGGAGAAUCCUGGUGCAAAUAUCGAUUUUGUUGUCACUGUCGGGUUUUCAGUUCAGGAAUCUGCCAGCGAGCUAAUAUCGCGCGCAGAACAGACUUUGCAAAUGAAUAGACAACAAGAUGCAACUGCCGCUAGCAGCUUAGCGGCAACUAAUUCUGCUUCUGCUUCAGUUAGCAGCGGAGGAAAUACAACUGUUUCACAGGGCACCAUUCCACAGCCAACGGCAACUGCUAGUUAUGGGAAUCCGGCGAAUAGUGCAGCUCAAACUGCUAAUUCUACUGUUGUCCCUGAAACGGCACAUAAAGAUGCACAUACUAACAGUCCAGCAACAACCAGUACUACUAACAAAUCUUCCACAGUACCAGCAGCAACAGAGGAUGUACCCCGUAAAAUUAUACAAGGAUUUCUUGCUGUCUGUCAAAGCUGCGGCUUUAGCGGAUACGACCAUGCUAAAUGCGAACGCUGCAAAAGAGUUUUCCUCGAUCCACCGAAGCGUGUCCCAUGCGUGAAGAGUUUAGGCAGUAACACCACUUCAACGGCUGGUGAGACGACUGCGACUAAAGCCAUUGGCAGCAGUGAGCUUGCACCAAGCGAAAAACGUCGUGGAAGUGAUUUAUUAGCACGAGCUCAAGCUAAAAGUGCUCUUAGCUACAGCAAUAGUGCCGCUAGCAGUGGUACUCCGACGCGCGGACGUGGUGGUCCGGGCGGUGCUGGACGGGGUCGCAGUACUCGCAGUGGACGUCGAGCUGCCGAAAUUGAACCAGUAAUUCUCACGCUAAGCAGUGAUGAAGAAGAUGAUGAUGAAUCAUCCAAUAAAGCACCAGGAUCGUUUUCAUCAAAUUCCAAUGCUGCCAAUUCUAUGAGCUGUAAUACAAAAAAUUACGAGCCAUUGGGCUUCGAAACAACAAUGCCAGAUGUAGAUGAAAAUGCAGUAUAUGCUGAUUUUCAGAGGGACGAUGUGACUGAUCUAACAAAUUGCUCGGACAAAUUAAGUACGACAUUGCAGUGCAAAGUUGUGCGAAUUGGUACAUAUCGUUUUGAACCAAAGGAUCCGGUCACAUUUACUUCCAAAGGUGUUUGCCUUGUAGCACCGUUAGUAACUGAUCAAAAUGAGAGUUUCCCAUUGCAUAUACAUAAACGUGAAGUUGUGAAAAUUAUUGCUCAUUUCUCAAAAGUGUCUGAGUCCAUGUUGUGCUUCUACACAUUACGCAAUUGUGCGCAAUAUAUAAAGAACAGUUUACAAAUGAAAGAUAAUGGAGCACCCCUCGAUGGCUGUGCAUACUUCUCACCUAAUGGUCCAUACCAAGUCCGGAAAAUAAUAUUGCAAUUUAGCGCCUGUUCCGAUCAAUCACGCAACGUCAUCAAAUCAAUUUGGGACUUCUUUGAUGAAAUUUCCGAUGUGGAUGCACAUGAUUUGCUACAACGUGCAGAAGCAGCUGACCGGCAUAUCGCCAACAAAACGGCCGAAUCAACCACAUCUGCAUCCGUCACCACCACUCAACUGAAUCCCAACGAAAUACGCCAGCUACUGAUUUAUCCGCCGGGAAAAGGUGGUAUUUCAAUUAAUACGGAAGACUACCUUUGCUUGGCCACUGAUCAGUAUCUUAACGAUAUCAUAAUCGAUUUUUAUCUUAAAUGGGUACACAACAAUGUCAUCCCACAGACACAGCGUGAUCGCGCUUUCAUUUUCAGCACUUUCUUUUACAAGCGCUUAACAACACUAACACGACAUCAUCACAACGUAGACAAAGAUGUCAAACAGACUGCAGCACAAAAGCGGCAUGCCCGUGUUCAGAACUGGACAAAAAAUGUGAAUCUAUUUGAGAAGGAUUUUAUCAUAAUUCCAAUCAAUGAGCAAUCACAUUGGUUCCUAGCGAUAAUUUGUUUUCCUACGUUGAAAGGUCCUGUAACGUAUGAUACGAAUAUACCAGUGGAGCCGCAACUUUUGAAGAAGCAAAAAGGGAAAAAGGUAUCGCUGCAAAUUGGUAAUACGACUAUAACACCACUCUCAAAACGUGAUAGCGGAAAUAUUCUGGCGGAAGUGUGUGGAGUUGGUGAUGAUGACAGCGAGCGUGAUGAAGCGGAGGGCGACGAAAGUGAUUUAGCAUCAGAAGAAAGUGAUUUCGAUAGCGGAACCAGUGCAUCUGCAGUAUCAUCCACAGCGAAUGCAUCAGCGGUAGCAACUAAUAACAAUUCCAAUAAUAGCAAUACUGGCGGCGUUAAAUCACAAGCAAUUAAGCAGCCGUUGAUAUUAAUUUUUGAUUCGUUGGCUGGUGCGUCACGUAGUCGAGUUGUUGCUACGUUACGAGAUUACUUGACGUGUGAAUAUCGAGCUAAAAUGCCUGAUGUGACACCCCAUAUAUUCAACAAGGAUAAUAUGCCGGGUCAUGGCGUUAAAGUGCCACAGCAAAAUAAUUUCACGGACUGCGGUCUUUAUCUUUUGCAAUACGUGGAACAAUUCUUCAAAGAUCCAAUCAGAGAUUAUAGAGUGCCGAUUAAACAGUUAAGUAAUUGGUUUGAUACAAUAACGGUAACUCGCAAACGCGAAGACAUUUCCCAACUAUUGCAACAGUUAAUGAACGAACGUAAUGGACCAAAUCAUCAAGUGAUUUUACCGGAAAUUCCUUUGCCCACAUUGAAUGGGGUACUCCUUGAGCCUCCCGAAGGUUAUAAUAUAGAAUUUGAAGAAGAGGAAACUGGCGAAGAUGUAGCUGAUGAGGACGAUGAGAAUACAGCAAGCACUAGUGCAGAUGGUGCAGCUAACGAUGCGGAUGGCACCGCCAGUAGUGCCCACACUGAUGAACUGGUUAGCGUAAAAGUGCCAACAACAAAGGCAUUGACAACCACGGCCGUUGUGCCUACACAGGGUCGAAAAAUCGUCGUAAAACGGCGAAUGCAACUAGUUAGCGCCACAGCAGGUAGUAACAAUAGUGAAACGUUAACGACAACAACAUCUGCAGCGGCGGGAAUAGCAGGUCCAAGUAUACGUGGUGGGAACCAAGCUAAGUAUCGCAAGUUUGAAUAGACUACCUACUUUAGAACACUCGCCGAUGAAACUCUUAAGCUCUUAUAUAAGUGUUUUAUAAUGACUGCGGGCUUUUGAAGUACUAUGUGCUAUGAAGUGUUAAAAACUUCGAUUCACGCCUACUGAUUACUAUAGAUUUAAUUUGAAGAAUGAUUAUAUACAUAAAUCACAAAUUUCUGUUAUUAUCGUUCGUGCGUGUGCUUUAUAAGAUAGUUUUGUAUAUCUUAGGCUACUAAUUUCUUACAAGUAAUUUUUGUGUAUAAAAGGAAAGGAUAAAAAGCGAAUCAAAGAAUAAAUACUGGCACGAUUUAUUUUUAUUUACAUAUAUAUUAAGUGAAGAACAGAAUUUAAAAUAGGAGGGAUGAAAUUCUUUUGUAUCAUUUAAAAUUAUAUGAAACUUCUACAACUGUUCUAGUUAAAAAUAAACUUAAUAUAUUCAAACUUAUAUUCGUGCAACUUAAACUUAUUUGACUAUUCGCUGCACACCGUAGCCGCUUCUUAAAGGGCGAUGCUAAAAACUCAUUUUUUCAAAUGUUGAUAUACAGACCACAUCUCCUAUAUAAAUAUUGGGUUCAUAACUGCUACUAGUUACCGCAUACAGCAGUUCACAGUAAACUGUAUAGUAAAAAAAAAAAAAAUCGGAUAUCGGAAGCGAGUUCACGUGUGUUAAUGAAAUGUGUUUUUAUAACCUUGGUUUGAAAUUAAUUUUGUUAGUGAGGAAGCAAUGUGCAUUAAUUGUUUAACAACCUUUUAUAAAUAUUCAAUUUCAUCGAUUUCAGAAAUAUACAGGCAUGUUCUGCAAUUCACUUCCGAGUGAAUUUCAACCGCCGCCAAUUAGAAUUCAAAGUGUAUUUGAUUGAAAUUCUCUCGAAAGUGAAUUACAGAACCACCCCGAUAAGGAAUAAUUUGUAGUAGACUUAAUUUGUUUAAAGGUAGAUUUUUUAAAUGAUUUUUUCUUCAAAACUUGCAAAGUUGUUUUCUGAACUUUUCUUUAUUUUACGCGUUAGACUAUAUAAUAGCAAACUUAAAAAUUGGCAAAAGCGCUUUGCGUAUUUGAGAAAAGUAUAAUUUAAAAACUCACCUUGGAAAAUUUGGUUUACUACAGAAUAUCUCGGACUCCGAUCAAAUCAAAUAUUGAUACGGUGCUAAAAAAUCUAUUUCAAUAACUCGCAUUCGAUAUCGAAAAAUAAUAGUUUUACUCAACAGUAAAUUUUUAACUGCUGUACGCGGCAACUGGUAGU